AUGGGGAGGGUACGAUGUUGGCUGCAAUUAUACCGGAAUGCCCACAGCAUGUUUGCGAUAAUGCCUGAAAGAAACUUUUUAUUAUCCGGAGAUUCCCCUUUUGGGCGGGUAUGUGUCAGGUUGAUGACGAGUAGUAAGCGUGUUCAAGAUAGGAGCAGGGAGAAGAGAGUGCGCGAGCUCGAAGUAGCCACAGAGAAAUGGAAAAUAGCUUCCAAAGUGAUUUUCUUGAUGGAGGUGUUGAAGAGUGAGCCAGAUAUGAUAAUGACCGUCAGGUCGUUGGAGCAGUACAGGAGGCAGAUCAAUUUGCCUAAACCACAUAAGAUCAGUGAUUUCAUCAGAAAGUCUCCAAAGUUGUUCGAAUUGUACAAAGAUCAAAGGGGAGUCUUGUGGUGUGGUAUGACAAACGAUGCGGAAGAUUUGAUGGACGAGCGUGAGAAGUUACUCGAGGAGAACGGAGACAAGGCUGCAGAACAUGUGACUAGGUGUUUGAUGAUGUCUGUUGAUAAGAAGCUUCCAUUGGACAAGAUUGUUCAUUUCCGAAGGGACUUCGGGUUGCCUCUUGAUUUCAGGAUAAACUGGGUCCACAAGUUUCCUCAGCAUUUCAAAGUUGUGAAAGUAGGGGAUGGAGAUGAGUAUCUUGAGCUUGUUUCAUGGAAUCCAGCUUGGGCUAUCACUGAGUUGGAGAAAAAGACUCUAGGUUUAACUGAGGAGAACGAUCACAAGCCAGGUAUGCUUUCACUGGCUUUCCCCAUGAAGUUUCCUCCGUCGUACAAGAAAAUGUACAGGUACAGAGGGAAGAUCGAACAUUUUCAGAAACGAUCUUACUUGUCUCCUUAUGCCGAUGCACGUGGACUCGAAGCUGGUUCAAAGGAAUUCGACAAGCGAGCAAUCGCUGUUAUGCACGAACUGCUUAGCUUUACACUCGAGAAGAGAUUGGUGACGGAUCAUCUAACCCAUUUCAGGAGGGAAUUUGUGAUGCCACAGAAGCUGAUGAGGAUUUUCUUGAAGCAUUGUGGCAUCUUCUAUGUCUCUGAGAGAGGGAAGAGAUUCAGUGUGUUCUUGACAGAAGCUUACGAAGGACCGGAAUUAAUUGAGAAGUGUCCUUUGAUACUUUGGAAAGAGAAGUUGCUGAGGUUUACGGGUUACAGGGGAAGGAAGAGAGAUAUUCCAACUUAUAGUGAUACUUUGGACAUGGAAGAAAGAGAAUUGCUGGAGAGUGGUUCAGGAGAUGAAGAUUUGAGAGUUGGAUGUGAGAAAGAUGAUAAUGAUUUGGUAGCAGAUGAUGAUGAUGAGAUGGACAUUGAUGAGGUGAAUGAUGCAUAUGAAGAGAAUAACAAAGCUUAG